AUGAAUGGCGUAGCGCUCGAUGAUCCCACGUCGCUGGAUGCUGUUGACUACGACCCAAUCGAUCACUUGAAUCUCCUCUUCUCCCACCCCUCGACCGUCACAUCGAUCAGCCGCGUUUCCCAAACCCUCCACGAACACAAGAAUGACGUCUCCACCGACAUUGCCGAGCUCGAGCUCGCCCAGGCCUACGGGCCCGAUUCGAGCCUCGAGCGUAUGCAGUCCGCCCAGGCCGAGCUCGCCCAGCUGUUCCGCAAGAUCGAGACGGUGCGGUCGCGAGCCAUCGAGACGGAGCAGAACAUUACAUCGAUGACGGCCGACAUCAAGCGCCUCGACGGCACGAAGCGCAACCUCACGCUCAGCAUGACGGCCCUCAAGCGGCUGCAGAUGCUGACGACGGCCUACGAGCAGCUGCAGGGCCACGCGCGGACGCGGCAGUACCGCGAGUGCGCGAGCCUCUUGCAGGCCGUGCUGCAGCUCAUGAAGCACUUCAACAGCUACCGCAGCAUCGAGCAGAUUGCGACGCUGAGCCGCGGCGUGUCGGAGCUGCAGCGGACGUUGCUGGAGCAGGUGUGCGAGGACUUUGAGCUGGCGUUCGCCAAGGACGAGGUGUCGGCGCGGCGGGGCACGCUCGUCGAGGCCUGCCACGUCAUGGAUGCCCUCGGCGACGCCGCGCGGUCGAGGCUCAUGACGUGCACUGCCGCCAUCUUCCCCCCGCACUGGCGCGCCAACGAGAUGCUGGCCGCGGCCUUUUGCGACGGCACGCGGGAGGACUUCAAGGGCAUCCUGGAGAGGAGCAUGCGCCGGACCGAGGGCCCCAAGCUCGACGUCAACCUGCUGCUGAGCUGCCUGCAGGAGACGCUCGACUUUGAGCACGGGCUCGAGAGGCGCUUCGCCGACGGGCCCAGGGCCAGCAUCGACACGCUGAGCUCGGCCGACGACCGGGCCUCCAACUUUCACGGCUCCAUCUCGGCGGCCUUUGAGCCGUACCUGAGCUUGUGGGUCGAGAGCCAGGACAGGCAGCUCGCCGCCAUGAUUCCCAAGUACCGCAGCCAGCCGCUGCUCCCCGACGACGAGGAGUUCACGCCGCAGGCCGUCAUCCCCUCGGCCAUUGAGCUCUUCCACUUUUACAAACUCACGCUGUCACAGUGCGCCAAGCUGUCUACGAGCGACCGCCUCCUCGACCUCGCCAAGACGCUCGCCAAGUACCUCGACGAGUACGCCCAGCAGGUGCUGCUCCAUUUUCUCUCGAGGGGAGGCGCGCAGGGGCCGCCGCUGCAGGACAUAGUCAUGGUCAUGAACACGGCGGAUUUUUGGUCAACAAACGCGAAUCAGCUCGAGGAGAACAUCAGGAAGCGCAUCGACCCCGAGUUGAGGGACAGAGUCGACCUCUCGUCGCAGGCCGAUGCUUUUUUGGGCGUCGCCAGCGCCGCCGUCCUCGCCCUCGUGCGCAGCGUCGAGCACGAGUGCGCGGGCGCGUGGCGCGAGAUGCGCAACACGAACUGGGGCGCCAUGGAGAGCGUCGGGGAUCAGAGCUCCUACGUCGGCGAGCUUCUCCGGGCCGUCAACGGCAGGGCCGAGGCGAUUUUGGAGCUCGUCGUCAAGCAGCAGUACGCGAGGGCGUUCUGCGACAACUUGAUGCUCCUCGACAAGUACGUCAUGACCAAGGCGUUUGAAGGGCUGCUGUCGUUCCACAACAAGGCGGGCGAGGCGCAGGCGCCGCCGGCGAGCUUCGUCAAGCGGGUGGCGCACACGAUGAACCGCAUCGACCCGCUGCUCAAGACGCUCCAGGUGCGGCCGUCGCCGCCCGAGGGCCUCGUGCAAGCGUACCUCAUCCACAUUGCCGACCGGUCGGACGUCAACUUCAAGAAGAUUCUCGACCUCAAGGCGGUGCGCAAGCAGGACCAGGCGCACCUCCUCGAGUUGUUUGGCAUCCACCGCGACAGCAAGGCGAACGACGGCAAGCUCGCGCAGAACAGCCCGCUGCUGACGCCGCUGCUGGCGAGCCAGAGCAUGAGCGGCGGCGGCGGCGGUGGUGGUCACGGCAGUAUUGGCGGUGCCGGGGCGGUUGCCGGGGUCGCCGGGGCGUCGAUCAACACGGCGAGCUCGGCGCUGUCGGCGGCAGGCAGCAGCGCCACGGCGAUGGCCGGUUUGCAGGGCAAGUUUGACGCGACGAGCCUCGGCGAGAAGCUCCUCAGCGCGGCGCGGGACCUGGGCCAGGGCGGCGUCGUCGGCGAGAAGGGCGGCGGGGGGUCUGGCGUCGUCGCGGCGGAGAAGGCGAUGAACGAGAACCUCAAGAACUUUGGCAAGUUCUUCCGGCGAGACCUGGGCGGGUUCGGCGCGCGGUUUGGGAAGAGGGAUGGCGCUGACGAGGGGCAGCGGUAG